AUGCAUAACGUGCUCAAAUCAUUGAAUGUAUUGAAAUGGCAGAAAAAUGCUCCACCCCAGUUAGUUUCUUCAUUUUGUGUUUGUGUCACACAGUGUGUCUGGUUCAACUGUUUUCAGGACGAGCAGUAUGAAUUGAACAGCCGCCCCAGAGGCCUCUGCGUGAUAAUUAACAAUGAGAAUUUCAACAAACCGAGGCGUGGAACUAACAAAGACGCUGAAUGUUUGGCCGAGGUGUUCAGCUGGCUGGGCUUCAGGGCGCUGAUGUGUAAAGACCAAACCAAGGACCAGAUGGAGCGGGCCCUGAAAUGCUUCGCUUCGCAGAGCGACCUCACUCAGCUGCAGGAGUUCAAAGUAGAGGAGUGGACCGGCAGCAAAUUCACUGCUCUUCAGGAGGCCCCUCGGCACGGCGAUGCCUUCCUCUGCUGUAUUCUCAGUCAUGGACAGAAGGGUGUAGUCCUCGGUAUUGACGGCCAGCCUCUUUCCAUCAAAAAAAUAAUUGGAACAUUCAUGCCGCCUGCUAACACAACCCUCAUCGGCAAGCCCAAAGUGUUCCUGAUCCAGGCCUGUCAGGGAGGGCUAACACAGCACGGAGUGUUGGAAGGUGUAGAGGCUGAUGAUUCUCCCUCGCCAACCAUCCCACUGCAGGCUGAUGUCCUGGUUGCCGUUGCCACUGUGGAAGAUCAUUUAUCUUUCAGACACGUCACUGAAGGGAGCUGGUUUGUCCAAUCUGUGUGUGAGCAACUAAAGAAGGGCUGUGAGAGGGGUGAAGACAUUACCACCAUCCUCCAUCGCGUGAACUAUGAAGUGGGGCAGAAAGAGGGCCACAGUACACCCGGGGAAAAGAAGCAGAUGCCAGAAAUUAGGUUCACCCUAAGGAAGACACUUGUGUUGUCUCCACAUCCUUUUUUGCAAAAUAGUGCUUGAUGUAUUUUUUAAGGAUCUCUGAUACACCCCGUGUACUCAAUAUUAUUUUUUCAAAGUACUCAAUCAUUUGUAUAAUUCAAUGUCUUAUAUUUUUUUAUCAACUUUAACCAUUUUUUUACGAUAUAUUAUAUAUUUGUCACAGAUUUGUGUCUGGGUUUUUUUUCUGCUCAAAGCGUAAUUCCAUAUCUUAAUGAGGUGUUACAAACACAUGCAGAAUACUCGUUGUAUAUGCAUGUUUAACAAAUAACAUACUAAUGUAGGAAAACUAUUUGAUCGACUCCUAUGAAAAUGAAGUAAUGUAAAGUACAAUAUCAGGUGUGUCAAUCACAACCUGAUGAGUAUCGGCAAAUUUGAAGGACAAUGAAAAAUGCUUUAUUUUUUAAAGAAAAAUAUAUUUUCAACAAUAGCUAAAACACCUGGAUGAUUAAACCAUCACACUUCAUAACCAACAUUGGUCUGAGUGCUCUUGGUUUUGGUGAGAAUUCGGCUGCGCGCUUACAUCC